AUGGGGUGCAUCUCCCCCGCUCUCCUAGUGCUCGCGUUCAUCGUCGUUUUUUACCUGCUCGCGGAACUUCUCCCUGACGUCCACGCGCUCAACUCGGACUCCGAUGGCGAUUCCGGGCCACGGCCAGAGCGGACGCAUGUCACGGGCCCGUACUGGCUGCGUUACCUCGACGUCAACCCCUGCCCCGCGCCCGCGCCCGUAUGCGCCUGGAUGCUCACGCCUCAGGCCCCGAAGCACCCGCUCCCGCGCAACACGUACCGCGCACUGCACCACCGCUCCUCGUCCACGACGUCCUGCCAAGCCCCGAUCUAUCCGAACGGUCAAAUCAGCAUGAACGAAAGGGGUGACGACGCGCAGCUCAAGCUUGAGCCCGUCCAGGACUCACGCAUUCAACCGGGAGCGCCGAGCGGGUCUCAACACCUCAUCCGGUUGACCCUUUUGUACUCCGUCCGCGCGCCCGCACUCGCGAAGACUCGCGAUCGCCUUCAUCCGGAGUCGGCUGAUAACCCUCGCCCGGUUUCCGCGCGUCCCCCGAGCACGUUGAGCCCCCUAGUCCACCCCGGGCCCGACGUUCCUGAUAUGUACACCAACCCCGCCCACGAGCCCGAUUCCCAAACGUCGGAAUGCGUUGCAAGGGACCUCCUCUCAAUUGCUGUUUUCGUCGGCGACGUCGGUGGGGAGCACGCAAAGCUGCUGGACGCAUUCGCCGACGAAAUCACCCCGGCCUCGACCGACUCGCGGUACUCGCACUUUGCCCGGGCGACCUCCCCCGUGCAAUCUAGACCCAGACCUCAAGCUCUCGUUCUUCGCGGACCGCCUACGGCGUCCCCAUCGAGGACGAGGGCAUCGCUCUUCAUCGUCAACCCCAAGGGCGUCAUCAAGUGCGCCGAUCGCGCUCAACGACCUCGCCGUCGGCUGCUCGGUCGAGGAAACGAUCCGGCGAUCCGGCUCGUGAAGACGUUCCAGUCCACGGACGAGCACGGCGAGAUGUGCCCCGCGAACUGUAGCGAGGGCACGAAGACGAUGAAGCCGGAUCCCGGGCUCGCUCAAGUACUUUGCGAGCGUCGAGAACGGGAAUGGGAGCCAGAAGAGCAACCGCACUGA